GCCUCAGAGCUCAGACCUCACUUAGUCAGUUGUGGUGUGGCAGUGGUGGCGUCGACAGUGUUGUGUGGAGCCUCCUGUGACCGGUGAGGACCCGGCCAGUCCCCACGUGACACCUCUGGAGUAUUUACUAUAAAGCGACGCUGCACACUUAACCAUCAUCAGAUAGGCAGACAAAAGUCUGCACCACAAGAUGAUCUACCUGUGACAGCUCAGCCAGUAACUAGAAGUACACCGAGGCUUCGAUGCAACAAAUAUGACAUUCCUUCCAUGAACAUACUAAGUGAACGUUACUGUUGCACGAUAAUAGAUAAUUUCAAGUAAAACAGUGAUAAUAGAACAUUUACGGCAUCCAACAACAGUCAACUAUCUGCAGACGCCACUCUAUACCUUCCCUGCCCCCCUGCCAGUAGCCUGAACACAUACUAGGCUCCUCGUUGAACCUGGCGUGAGUGGAGGAUGCCUCAGGCCGGGCCGGGAGUGUCCCCUGCCGAGGGUGUGACCUAUGUUGGCAUCGACACCCUCCAGGAACAGACCAGACUCAAGGCUCUCCGCCGCGGCUACACAUUUAACCUUCUUGUUGUUGGUCGUAGUGGUCUGGGAAAAUCAACCCUUGUGAACACGCUUUUCAAGGCUUCAGUGUCCCGCAGGAAGUCUGGGUUAGAAGAACCAUUGCCCUCCACCACUGAGGUGAAAACUGAGAGUUCCUCUCUGAAUGAAGGCGGCGUCAGAUUAAACCUUACUAUCACAGACACUCCAGGAUUUGGCGAUCACAUAAAUAACGAAAAUUGCUGGGAACCAAUAGUGUCGUACAUUGAGGCUCAGUAUGCACGGUAUCUGGAGGAGGAGCAAAAGGUAAACCGGCUCCUGCAUAUCCCAGACUCUCGCAUCCACUGCUGUGUGUACUUCAUCCCUCCCACAGGCCACUCCUUGAGUUCCCUUGAUGUUGAGGUGCUGCAGCGACUUGACAAGAUUGCAAAUGUGGUGCCUGUAAUAGCCAAAUCCGACACCUUAACACUAGAAGAGAGAGUGGCAUUCAAGGAGAGGAUCCGUGCAGAUUUAUCCGACCAUGGAAUUAGAGUAUAUCCUCUCCUGGAAUAUGAAGACUCGGAUGAUGCUCAAGAAAACAGCAAAAUUAGGGAACGUCUACCAUUUGCAGUAGUUGGGAGCACUGCCUGGCAUGAAGUUCAUGGGAAGAAGUUACUUGGGCGUCGCUCCAACUGGGGUCUUGUUGAAGUUGAAAACAAAUCCCAUAAUGACUUUGCAUAUAUGAGGGACAUGCUUAUCAGGACACAUAUGCAGGACCUAAUCGGUUCUACAGCUGAACGACAUUAUGAGAACUUCAGAAGAUCCAGGUUGUUUUCAAAAGCCUCUACCAAAGCUCCCAUUGUCAAUGGUCAAGAUUCAAAUCAUAUGAAAAAUCUUAAUGAAUCAAAAAUAUAACCUUUACCUCUAUGUUUAGUGCUUCAUAUCAAAAUGUGACAGUAAGUUAAGACAUGUAUUCAAAAGACACGAAACUGUAUGUACAGUACAUUUAACAUGACGUAUCUCUUCCAUUUGAAUGUCAAUCAGUCGUCAGAGUCCAUGUACAGCGAUGUAAACCAUGAAGAAAAUAUAAUACUUUUUAAUAUUGGAUAAUUUAUAAUUUAUAAUUGAAAUUUCCCAUACUGUGUUGUACAGUACUGUAUCUAUACUAGAGAGACCACUGUUGUCAAACAGCAUUUUGAACAAAUGCACAGGAAAAAAUACAGAAUGAAUGAAUGUUCCCAAUGAAAGAUGAAAGCUCUUCUAGCCAGUGUGAUAUUAUAUUCAUAUUGUAAAUAAAAUACUGUACCAGUUCAUUAUCAGUCUAAAUAUACUCUUAUGUAAUAUUUGAAACAAGAUUUGGUUGAGAUUUUAAAACUAAAACCAAAAUAACUACAGUAGUAACAUUAAGCUUUACAGUGUGUUGGUCAGAUUGGAAUUGUUGGUACAGUCUACCAAGCCUACAUAGAUAUGUGGCAUUUGUCAUGUGAUUAAAAGAGGUUGUUUUUACAUGUUAUCUUACGAAUGAAAUGGUCUUUGAAAUCCAAAACUGCACUCUACCAAACACCGUAGAGCACGUCUCCCAGUUUAGUAGCUGGGACCAAGAUACAGUGCUGAACACUUGAAAUAUGGUGGAAGGAGCUUAACUAAAGAUGAUUAGUACAGUACUUAAUUAUUUAUACCCAAUGCAGUAUCAAGAUUUAGAAAUUACAGUAUACUUAAAAAUUAAGUGCCUAGAUUAUCAUUAGCAGGUGUUUUAAGUAUUAUAGUAUUUGAAUUGUAAGAUUUAUGACAAUUCAGAUAUUACUGUGAGAUGGAUUACCUUAAGACUUCUUACAAAAGUGCCUUUCAUGUCCUGGUUAGAUAUUCAUUCAAGGAAACUGUGAUGAUUUACCAGUACCAUUAUCUACAUGCCAGUCAUAAAUAGAAUUGACUCAAAAUACUAAAGUUAUUUCACAUGUCAUUACCUUCAUCCUUGCUUACGUGUUACAGGUUUUCAUAUUGGGGAUAUUUUCAUGUAUCCUCUAUGUAAAAUGUGUAUACAAAUUUAUGGCUGUUUGUGCAAAGACAAUUUCUCACAUCUCAACAAUAGUUAUUCUGCCUCUGAAUAUCAAAAUAGCUGCUUUUAUCAUUCUUCAACAGCAUCAUCUCUAAUUUGUGUCAGGAAAAACUUUUAGUUAUUGUUCGACUAAAUUUUUAAUUUAUAUGUUAUCGUUAAUUAAAAUGUAUAUAAGUAGUCCAGUGAAUAUAGAUUGUAUUGAAUUAUGUUUUCUGAAUUUUAGUUCUGUCAGUUUAACUUAUUUGCUCCAGCUCAACUAUACUGUGCACAAGUUGAUGGUAUUUAUUGAUUUUAUCUCAUUUUUUUAUGUUGUAUUUAAGGUAAUGUAUGAUACCAUUUAAUCAAUGGGAUUUUCUUUGAAAUAAUUUUCAAAUCAAAUCUGAAAAUUUCACAAAUAUUGUUAUAAAAUUGUUUUCCCUGAGACUUGUGAAAUAUAAAAUACUUGUGUUAAAGUUGAAGGAAAUACUUACACAGUACAUUAACUAAACAAUUAUUCUUGUUAAUAUGUUUGUUGAUUAUGGAUAUGUUUUUGUCAGGUUACAUUAUUGUUUUGUUUUCUUCAUUAAAACAAGUGAAACAUGAA